GCUGCACUACGCCGCCAGCCAGGCGCACCACGGGGUGGUGGUGAUGCUGGGCGUGACGCACGAUGACGUCACCCGCACGGACAGCGCCGGACGGACUGCGCUGCACUACGCGGCGGCCGCCGACUCGGACGGGCGCACGAUCCAGCUGCUGCUGCAGCAGGGCAGCGAGCCGACGCGGCUGGACGACGCCGGCUACUCGGCGCUCCAUCUGGCGGCGGCCUCCGGCCACCGGGCCGGCCUCGACCUGCUGCUGGACACGCGCGGGGCGCGCGCCGUGGUCGGCGCCGUCGGCGACCGCUGCCUCCGACCGGCACCCCUCCACCUGGCGGCGUUCCAUGGCCACCUGGCUAACCUCAUCAACCUGAUGGCCAUGAUGGACAAUGUCAGCCUGCGGGACGACCAGGGCCGAACUGCGCUCCACCUGGCGGCCGGCCGCGGCAACCUCUCCUGCGUGCUCUGUCUGCUGGAACAGAAGGCCGACAUCGACACAUGCGACGAUCGCGGGCGGUCACCACUGCACGCGGCUGUGGCUGCCGGUCAUAAGGACUGCGCCAGGGCUCUGCUACGGCAGCUGCUUGCAAGGCUCCAGCUGCCGCCACUCGAGUCCUCGGAGCUCCGCCAGCUGUUGGCCGAGUCCAAGACGGUGAAGAUGUGUCCCGAGCUGGACGAGGUCGUCAACAAGAAGGACGGCACGGGACGGACGCCGCUGAUGCUGGCUGUGGAGAACGGCAGCGCGGAGCUGGUGCUGCUGCUGCUGGUGCACGGCGCCCGGCCGGGCCUGGCUGACGCCGAGGGACGCACGGCCCUGUUCCGAGCGGCUGCGAGCGGCGCGGAGGAGAGCGUGGACGCACUGCUGAGCUGCACCGACUGUGACCCGCUGGCGCGCGACGUCCUGGGGAAGACGGCCGUGCACCUGGCGGCGGCCGCCGGCCACGUGCUCGUCCUGGGCUCCCUGCUGCAGGCGGUCGGCCGCGGCCGCGUCGACGACCUGCUGGACGAGCAGGGCUGCACUCCGCUCCACUGGGCCUGCUACAACGGUCACGAGGCGUGCGCGGAGCUGCUGCUGCAGUACAGCGAGUCGCGCACGCUGCGCGGCUGCCCGUUCUCGCCGCUGCAUGCCGCCGUGUACCAGGGCAGCGAGCCGUGCCUGGUCCUGCUCGUGGCCCACUCUCGCGCGGUGGCUGUGCGGCUGGCGCAGCGCGCCGCCCGGUCAGACGCGCUCAACGUCACAGACAGCCAGCUGCAGACGUACGUAUGCCGGCCUAUUCACGGCACGCUGCUGCCGGUGGCUGUGUCCCGGGCUGCUCCAGCCGUGUUCAAUAGCGCUGGUGUUCGGAUGUACGCUGACGGCCCCUGA